AUGUCUAGCGCAAAGCCCGCUCUCACCACGGACAUCAGCAACUAUGGUGAUACUGGCCACGGAGACCCCAGCCAGACAAUGAAAGCCUUGACGUGGCAAGGAAAGAAUCAAGUGAAGCUCGUGGAAACGGCUCGGCCAACCAUCGUGGAUGACGACGAUGUGAUUCUGAGGGUAACGGGAAGUACCAUUUGUGGAAGCGACCUUCAUCUCCUUCAUUCGGCCAUACCGGAAAUGCACAAAGGCGACAUUCUGGGGCAUGAGUUCUGUGGGAUUGUGGAGAAAGUCGGUCCCAAAGUCAAGAAGCGAAAGAUUGGCGAGCGAGCGGUUGCUUCCUUCCAGAUUGCCUGUGGGUCAUGUUACUACUGCGAAAAGAAACUGUCCUCGUUGUGCGAAAGAACCAAUGGCAGUGAGAGCGAAAAGGCACUUUAUGGCCGCCGAACGGCCGGGAUGUUUGGAUAUUCACACUUCACCGGAGGCUUUGCAGGGGGACAGGCGGAGUUUGUACGGGUUCCCUUUGGGGACGUGAAUCUGCUGCCGUUGCCAGAUGAUGUCCCGGAUGAGCAAGGACUCUAUCUCUCCGACGUAUUGGCCACGUCCUGGAAUGCGGUCGUUGAUACCGGGGUUAAACAAGGAGACACCGUUGCCAUCUGGGGAGCAGGUCCUAUUGGGCAGAUGGCAGCGGAGUUUGCGGUUGUGAACGGGGCCAGCCGAAUCAUCAUGAUUGACGGCGGAGAGGGAAGAUGGCGGCUCGAUUUUAUGAAGACGAAGGUUCCGAAUUUGGAGACGAUUGACUUCACCCGACUUCCGCGCGGAGAAACAGUGGUAUCCAUGUUGAAACAAAUGUGCGAGGGGCGCGGUCCAGACAUUGCCAUUGAGUGUGCCGCUGGCGAGUAUGCCAAAGGGUUAGGCCACGCCAUCCAGCGGACAUUAGGCAUGGAGAACGACACGUCGGAGCUCUUGAACGAGAUGAUUGAAUCAGUGAGAGGCUUCGGGUGUUGUGGGGUCACUGGUAUAUAUACCGGCUAUUGCAAUCACUUCAAUAUUGGGUCCUUGAUGGAGACGGGGAUUCACCUCAAUGGAAACGGUCAAGCGCCCGUGCAUAAGUACUGGAAUGAACUGCUCGCCUUGAUCCAAAAAGGGACAAUCUGUCCAUUGGAUAUGGUCACUCAUCGCUUUGAUCUCAACGAUAUGGAGAAGGUCUAUGACUUAUUCAACCGUCGUGCAGACGGUUUCUUGCUGCUGAUAGCAAUCGCUCUGGAGGUUUGUCGUCGGUACAAUGAUGGAAUUGGCUGGCUCGUGCGCUACAAGGAUGCCAGCGACCUCCCCACGACGGUGUCAGUUGCCUACAUCAUUGUUCCAACAGUCAUAGCGCUGAUCGCCGUGAACCUAUGGGAAUUCAGUUCCUGUGAUGUACUGCGACUGGAGCCUUACUUUCAGCUGGCCAAGCCGCGGGGUGCCUCAGCUAGAGUACUUUUCACAAACUACAGCUUUUGCUACGGUAUCACUGCGCCCAUAACCGCUGCCCGCAACCGCCACUGGAUUGUUCUUUGCGUGUCGCUCAUGUCAUUGGUCCUCCGGAUGCUCCUACCCUCCUUAUUUGCUGGGCUAAUAGUGAUGAGCGAGCUGAACCUAACUGAGCCCAAGAUAAUAGAAACAUGGCCGGCCCUUGUCGAUUUGCAAACGCAAGAGGCAUUGAUAGCAGCGGAAGGAUCUGGCCGUAGCGAGUUCACGCAAGAGGCCGAUCUUCUGCUUCUUCGAUCACCCCACUACGCAGCGGCACCGAUUUCAAUGCCUGUGGACGACGAGAAUGAUACAUCUAUGUUACGCUUGAACCAAACGAUAUAUUGGGCAAAUCUGACUUGUGUGGUCACGCCUCUACAGGGGACCCUCUCCACGACGCACCCUAGAAACUAUACGAGUCUAGAUGGCGAACAGACAAUUUCAUGGAAUAUGCGCGGUAUAUCUAUUCAAACUCCGAGCGACAGUGACAGCGCUUCAGGUUGCUCGAUUAACUUCGCACUCGACAGUGUUGCUCCCACCGACACGGAUCGUUUUCAGCUUCGCUAUUGGGAGCCGGGUCAAUCUAUCCGGAAUUUGAAUGCUACUUCUGCAUUCGCUGGCAGUGGCUGCGGUUCGCCCACCUUGUAUGGCAUAAUAAGCGAAGGGAGUGUUUUGAAAAAUGGGUCCAUAACGACUUCAAGUGCCACAGCGUUUGCUUGUGUGGCCACUUAUCAUUAUGCAGAAGCGGAGGUCCUCAUCGCCACAAACACGUCAAUCGUUGCAGCCCAGAUCCAACCGGGCACAGUCAACAGUCUCCGUCCGUCUGAGUUCAGUAUCGACAGAUUUGAGGAUCAAGUCCGCGUCGGGCCUCGCGCGGCGAGUAUCGAAAGGACUGCCCGCACUAUCAGCUCGUCCAGCGUCUUGGAGACAGGGUCCCCAUCCAACUUCAUAGAACUCGAACAGUAUCAGCAACAGCUGCGGAACACAUGGAAUCAUCGCUUCCUCAUCACAAUGAACAAAAUGUUCAAUCCCACAAGUCCUACAACGAUCCAUGCAGAACAGCAGAGUGUCUCAGUGAUCCUCCAAAUGUUGCGCGACCCGGCUAUUCAUGCGGAAACCAUGCUCUGUGCCGCGUCUAUCUUGCUCUCCUUGCUCGCCUUUGUCUACAUGUGGCGCCCUAACUUUCUUCAAAGCGACCCGGGGUCAAUUGCUGCGCAGUGCGCCAUCGUUGCGGAUCUGUUCAGUCCAACGAUUGCACUAGCUCGGCCUGAUACAGAUUUCCAUCGAGCCACCACCCGGCAGCUUCUCCAAUGGGCUAAGGGGCUAUGGUGCCGAUGGAGCGGAGGGCCUAAAGAACGCAGGUUGGAAAUUGUGUCGCUUGAUGGAAAUCCAGUGCCUCUUUCCACCCGCGAGUUUCGGAGAAAGAAGGAUCUUAUGCCACAUUUUCUCAGACUACCGUGGUUUUUCAUUGAGUGUUUAUCGCUGGCAUUUGUGCUCGCUUUAUUUGCGUUAUCUCUUCGCUACCUUCGUCUGGACGACCCUAACUACAUGACCUGGCCCCUGCUAGUGUUGUAUACUUCGAUGCUCUUUGUCCCCACCAUAGUUGCCUCCAUGAUCAGUGGGCUUCUAGCAUCCGUGCUUCGCCACCUCAGCGUCCUAGAGCCGUGGACUCAGCUACAGAAGGGACCGGUGACAGCAAAGCAAUCGCUCUUGAUGAACUAUGGUUGUCAAACUGCGUUUGCGGUGCUUUGGAAAUGCGCGCGCCGAGGCCCUCGCCUCCUGGUGAUCGUCGCCCUGGCAUGCAUUCUGGACCUGCUCUUGACUGUUAUCAGCGGUGGUCUGUUUGAGCCACAAUUGAGGCAACAUUUGACUGCUGCUCCUGGUUUAUAUGCGACCUAUAACUUGUCCACGCUUUCAAGACAAUCACAUAGCCCCGUCAUGGAUAGCUACACUGUUAUUCCCAGCAGUAGCACGAUAGAUGCCCCUUUCCUACCAUGGACUACCUCAAACCACUCAUUUGUGCCAAUUUUUAUUGCUGAGCCGGAAAGCGAUCGUACUUCUUAUACAGCUUUGACUCCUGGUAUCGGUGUCGAUCUGAUAUGUGAAGGCCUUCCCCGUAGCGAUUCAUGGAUCGAUCGUAAUUCUGGGAAGUCGUACUGGGAAUUUAGACCGUUCAAUGGUAGCACGGAAUCUACCUGCUCGGUAGAGGCUCCAUGGGCAGCCUCUGAUUACCCCGAGAGGUUUAUUCAUUAUCUGGCGCCGACGGGGUCAUCCGCGUCGACGGAAUGCGAGACGUCCACACUCGUAGUUCUUACGCGCUGGAAUACAACGACAGGAGCAUCGCCACACACCGACAACACAGUCGCAUUGCACUGCCAGCCGACAAUUGAGGUUCAAAACUUCAUAGUCCAGUUCGACCACUCUGGUCACAUAGAGUCUUACGAGGCGGUGCCCGGAAGCUCGAUCACUGACUAUGCAUUUUAUCAGAAUGCGUCUGAUAUUCUGGGCCAAUUCAACCGGGAAUUUACGGAGUCACUUCAAACACUGCCUGCUCAUCCAAACUCGUCAUUCUACCAAUACGACUGGCCAGGGGUUUUGACGGCACGCACAAUUGAUAAGCUGAAGCCCAACUCGGGCUCUGUGGACCCUGCACUUCUGAUCAAUGCUGUCCAGCUUACCUACUGCACAGUCUUCAGUACCUACUUUACUCUCUGGCGAGAUUUGUAUCUGCAGCGGUUGCCCCAGUCUCAUUCCGUCGCCAUCGAUGGGACAGUUACUCAAGGCAUGUGGGGUCUACUGCCAUCAACUCCGUCAAUUCUCACUGUUAUCAUCCUUGUAUCGCUGGAUGUUCUGCUGAUGGUUGGGGUAUUCGUCGCCUACCGUGGGCAAUUCAGUGGACCGCGCAUUCCCAAAUCCAUUGGGUCGCUCAUCCCGUGGAUUGCACAUAGCCAGAUGAUGCGUGAUUUCGAGGGCGCCCAUGUGUGGUCUGAAGUACAGCAGCGGGAACACUUGGAGCAAAUCGGUCGGACGUAUAGCUUGGGAACCUUUCUGCGCCCGGAUGGUGUGAGCAGGAUGGCGGUUGAUUACAAGGAUGACGAGCAAGCAUACGAGUUGCAUGAUAUGCCGUCCUCGGCGAUGGUAGCAGUGGAAUCAACUGCCCUAGAGCUACCACCGGGUCGACAGCCACAUCGUACGCCGCAGAGUGGACCUGUGGACCACGCAUAA